AUGGCUGCCGACGCACAAGAUCUCUCAAAGGUUGAUUCCGCCGUCAGCGGUAUUUCGUCACCACCCAAAGACGAGAAAACUGUACCUGCAAAGAAGAGGACAAGCUCGAGCGCGCCUGGAGUGAUGAAUGUCAAUGAUCUAGAAAGGGAUGGAAUCGAGUUGCAAAUAGCGAAGGAGACACAAAAACUCAACUGGAAACUCAACACCUCGCCAUCAACCAUUGACGACAAGGAUGUGCUCAAGAAGAUGUUGACCACGCCGCCUGUAAAGAAGAUCGACCUUCAUUUCCCUCUCGGACUGGAAGUAAGCGCACGAAAUCUGAAAGGGGUCACCAUCAAAGAUGCUCUGGACGCAAUCCACAAACAAUUCAAGAAGAAGGCCGAUGACGAGUUAGAAAAUCCAGUCCUCGCUGGUUUCGAAUGGGACAAGGAAGAAUCAUGGACUCGACUGGUGGUACACCAGAAGAAGGAAGGUGCUGCUCCGUCGUCAAAGAAGAGCAAGAAGAACAAAGGCGAAGAAGACUAG